CACUUUUAAGUGUUAGGUGUGGUGUGUUCCUCUGAGCUACGUGCUGUGCGGUUGCCGUCGGAUGCGAGUCCAAAAGUUCAACCUUUUUGAUGGAGCCGAUGUGAACAAAAGCUCCCAAACGAUCUACACUUCUGCAUGUGAAUGUGCAACAGACAUGGCAGUCGGUUACCUGUUGUUGAUCCUCAUCAGUUUCUCGUCGGCCGCCGAGGAAUUCUACACGUCUAUCGGUCACAUGACGCAGCUUUUGUACACGGAGAAGGAGCUGUUGGCCUCGCUGGACGAUUACAUCCGAGCGGAGCAGAGCAAACUGGAGACGGUCAAAAGGUGGUCCGAGAGGCUGGCCAACAUGUCGGCGUUUGCCAUCCAAGACCCCGAAACCUUCCUGAGCCACCCCGUGAACGCCUUUAAACUUCUGAAGAGGAUGAACCGAGAGUGGCGCGCCCUGGAGAUGCUGGUGCGCAGCAACGUAUCCCACGGCUUCGUGUCCAACCUGACCUCCAGGAACGAGGACCUCCCCGACGAGGGUGACCUGACGGGCGGGGCCGAAGCUCUCCUAAGGCUGCAGGACACCUAUCAGCUGGACAGCGACACCAUGGCCAAAGGGGAGCUGCCGGGAACCUCUUUGCUCCUGAGCAAGCUGACGGUGGAAGACUGCUUCGACGUGGGCAUGGCGGCGUACCAGGAGGAGGACUUUUACUACGUGGAGAUGUGGAUGGCUCAGGCUCUCCAGCAAAUCCAGCAGGGCGAGAUGUUCCCAAGCGUGGACCCCGUCACCAUCCUGGACUACCACAGCUACGCCCUCUACAGGCAAGGAGAUCUGGAAGCCGCCUUGGUGUCCACCAAGCAGCUGCUGGCGAUUGAUCCAGAAAACAAGCGAGCCCAAAAUAAUCUGGCCUACUUUGAGUACGAACUGGCGAAACCGGACAGGGUCGAGAUCAUUCCGACGAUACCCAGCAAGUAUCUAACCACCUACGACGCGACGGUGUACAAGCAGCUGUGUCGCGGCGAAAGCGUCGCCUUGACGCCACGGAGACGGAGCCGCCUCUUCUGCCGUUACCACGACAACCACCGCCAUCCCAACCUCCUGAUUGCUCCCUUCAAAGAGGAAGACCUCUGCGACGUUCCCCGCGUCGUCCGCUAUUAUGACGUGGCGUCCCACAGGGAAGCGGAAGUCAUCAAAAAGUUGGCCAAACCCAAACUCACCCGCUCCAAAGUGAGGAACAACACGGACCACACAAAUGUCGCAUCUCGAGUCAGAAUCUCCCAAAAUUGCUGGCUGGAGAACGACUCGUACAAGGUGGUGAAGAGGCUGAUCAACCGAGUGGGCUCCAUCACCGGUCUGGAAAUGUCCACCGCAGAGUGGAUGCAGAUUGCCAACUAUGGCGUGGGAGGACUUUAUGAACCGCAUAUCGACUUUCAAGGGGUAAAUAUAAGCAGCGUUUUCAAGAAGAUCAUCCAUAAUAGACUUUUGUCUGAAAAUCGUGUCGCGUUUCCACAGAAAGAGGUAAAGAACCCGUACGAAUAUUUGGGAACAGGAAACCGAAUUGCCACCUGGCUUCUUUAUUUAAGCCACGUGGAGGCAGGGGGCGCCACCGUUUUCCCCAGAGCGGGCGCUUUCGCCGAGCCCAUCAAGGGCUCGGCCAUUUUCUGGUACAAUCUUCACCCCGACGGAGAGGGAGACCAUCAAACCCAACACGCUGCCUGUCCCGUCCUGGUUGGGAGCAAAUGGGUGGCCAACACGUGGCUGCACGAGAGAGGUCAAGAGUUCAAGAGGCGCUGCGAUCUGCAAAGUUCGGCUGAGCAGGGGUUAACUUCAGAUCGGCUGUAUCAGCAUGACGCGUAGCUGUGUUGCCAUGACGACCCUCAUCAGCUCUGUUUUGAAACAAAAAAAAAAGCACCACAUGUUCAACUUCAGCGCUCAAACGUGUUAGCCUUAAUAAAAAUAAUAAUGAUAAGAAUUUGAAUGUGGCUGUUGACAUCAAAUCGUAACUUUGGCCACUGAGAGGCUUGACUCACAAUGGACUCUAUGCAGGCGCCAUUUAGGCUAUGACGGCAUGCUUACCUUUCGUUUGCUCGGCUGACGCCAUCCCAAUGACCGUAUCAAACUCUCCCAAAUAUACCGCUUGAAUGAUGUCAAGCUACUGUAAACGACAUCUCAGCUUUCCAAAUUGCUCCAGUUAUCCAAGUGUUGGUGAAGUGAUCUGAUUGAACGAGCCAUUUGCGGUUUUACCAGGCGAGCAAAGCGCAGACUUGCACGGCUUUUUUGAGAUGCUCCACUCGAAUCGGUUUACAGGGCACAGACUCGAUCGUGACUUGAACAAAAUGCUGCUGUAAAGAAAUGGAAUUGCAAGAUGGCCGCCGGUGGCUUCACUUCUUGCUGAUUGUCGGCCUUGCUUUUGUUGCAGGGUGAAAAGUUGUACAAUGCGUUUGUCCUUGUUUGUAGUAGCGUCUAACGGGUAAUCAUGUUUCAAAUCAAUAAAAACCAAAUAUGUUUUGGGACUUUUGUGUAAUCUGUUUCCCGAAAGAGACGUUGAAUGCACACGAUUCAUUCCGUGAAUAAAGUUGUUUUGUUUGUUCGCUU